UGGAACUUGAGGCUGGCAAAGAAAGCCAUCUGUGGCCAGCUGUAGCAAUUUACAAUUUACUCUUCACCUCCUGGAGCUGGCAAGAGCAUGGGAAGAGGAACCAGACCUGAAUAGAAUCCUCUCAUCUCUUCAGCAGAAAGAAUAAUACCUGAGAGACAGAUCACCAGGUUCCAUCUGAGCACCUUAUCAAAAUGGAGAGGGUGGAUACCGAAGGCGGCACCCCAAAGUUCCUGCUUCAGCUAAUUCAAGCUUCUCUGGAGGGCCGCCCUGGGGACCGGGUGAAUCUCUCAUGCGUAGGAGUCUCUCACCCCAUCCGCUGGGUCUGGGCGCCCAGCUUCCCGGCCUGCAAGGGCCUGGCCAAAGGACGCCGGCCAAUCCUGUGGGCCUCUUCCGGCGGGACCCCCACCGUACCUCCCCUCCAGCCCUUCGUUGGCCGCCUACGCUCCCUGGAGUCUGGUAUCCGGCAGCUGGAGCUCCUCUUGAGCGUGGGGGACUCGGGCACCUUUUUCUGCAAGGGCCGCCACGAGGAUGAGAGCCGUACAGUGCUUCACGUGUUGGGGGACCGGGCCUAUUGCAAGGCCCUGGGGCCUACCCACGGGUCCAUGUAUCCCCAGCUCCUGAUCCCGCUGCUGGGCGCUGGGCUGGUGCUGGGACUGGGAGUUUUGGGCCUCGUCUGGUGGCUGCACAGGCGCCUGCCCCCGCAGCCGAUUAGACCACUCCCUAGAUUUGCUCCACUUGUGAAAGCCGAGCCCCGGAGAGCAGUAAAGGAGGAAGAGCCCAAGAUUCCAGAGGACCUAGACCAGGAACCGAGCCUUCACUAUGCGGAUCUGAACCAUCUGGCCCUCAGCAGGCCCCGACGGCUGUCCACAGUGGACCCCGCUGAUGCUUCCACCGUCUAUGCAGUUGUAGUUUGAAGGGAAGCCCUUACUCCAAACCUCCCAAGUUGGGAGCUCCCAGCUCCCCAUAAUCCCUCUCCCCUCCCUGAUCCCUCACCUGGAAGAGGAAGGCACCAUGGUAUAGAAAUAAGUGCUAGACUGGAAGUCGGGAGACCUGGGUUCUAGGCUGUCUCUGCCACUGAUGUUACUCCUAAACUUACUCCCAUGUCUCCCAUAACCUUCAUGUCUCCCUCACCACCGGUGUCCCCUCUAUACCCAGUCAAGCCCUAUCUCCUAUCUUAAGACAUCAGUAACUCCCAGACAGUUGCCUUAUCUCUUCCCUUCCUUCACUGUCAAGAUUUGGAACCAGGGGCACACACCUGCCUCUUCCAUUUUCUUCUCCUUCACUCUAUCCCCACUGCUCAUCUGUCGAAAUUGCCUAUCUGCUCUCCACAAGGUUGCCAAUGGCGUCCUAAUAGCCACACCCAGUAGACAUUUUUAGCAUUCAUCUGGUUUGACCUCUGAUUACUCCAUUCUUUAAACUGUUUUUCUUUGCUGCUGGUGUUUUCUUUUUGGACUCCUUCCUUGCUCCAUAUCCCCACAGUACUUACUCCCCACCAUUCUAGGUUUGUUCCUUUCUCCUCCUUUCUCCUCUUCUAGCACACUGUCAUCCAGUCAGUCCUCAGCCCCUACCUCUGCAAAUGACACCCGGAACUCUCUCUGGCUCAGAUCUCAGAUUUGGGAUUAAUGAACUUCCCCUUAGACAUUCUGCCUGACUGGCCUCAGGCAUUUUUGCUCUCUGGAUGUCAAACCUAACUCAUUGUGAUCUCGGAAGCCACUCACUUAAUUCUCCUCUGCAUUCUCUCCUUAACAACCCAGCUGCAGGCAGGGCACGGUGGCUCAUGCCUGUAAUCCCAGCACUUUGGAAGUCCGGGGUGGGCAGAUCAUGAGGUCAGGAGAUUGAUGCCAUCCUGGCCAACAUGGUGAAACCCCAUCUCUACUAAAAAUACAAAAAUUAGCUGGGCGUGGUGGCGCUUGCCUGUAAUCCCAGCUACCUGGGAGGCUGAGGCAGGAAAAUUGCUUGAACCAGGGAGUUGGAGGUUGCAGUGAGCCGAGAUCCCAGUUGCCCAUCCCAGAAACUGGGAGUCAUGCAGGCCUCCUUCUUCUCUCAUUCCCACACAAUGAGCCAUCAAAUCCAGUCUUUCUAUCUUAACAUCACUGUCAAACCCACACUCUAAUCCAUGCCCAGUGCUGCCAUGUGAAUGUACUCUCCUCACUUCCUUCCUAGAAUACCCAUAGCCCCACCUCACCCUCCUACCCUUGCUUUCCUUCCUGAAGUCAGGAAGAUCCUCCUCAAGAGAUAACUGCUCCUGACAGCCAUAUUACAUAACUGAAGUACUCUCCUUAGCUUCAGCUCUGUGCCCAUGUGCCCUGGCUUUGGAUACAAGGUACUACAGCACUUUGUCCAUUCUCCAGGCUUAUUUCUAUCAUUCCACAUGCACAUCUUAGAAAAUGCCAGCCUCAGAGAAUUCUCUCUAGCCCCAAAAUGUCUUUGCCCAGUGCAAUUCCUUCUUCCUGUAUUACCCCUUUCCCUCCUCCACACUACCUGACAGGCUAAUUCUUAUUUAUCCUCAGUUCAAGUGUGGCCUUUUCUGGGAAGCUGACCCUUCUUGCCCACUUUUGCAUACACUUUGAUGCCUGAGGACACAACCCCCUUAUUUCCCACAUAGAAAGAGCCUCUUGUAAAUUGUUCCAUUACAACCUGUACUUCAAUUUCUAAGAAAUUUGCACGUACUGUGAGCCCCCUCAACAUCAGGAGACUGACCCUUUGGAUGUCAUUGCUAAGCCUCAGUAAAUGAAUGAAUGAAAAUGAA